UCGGAAGUAAAUUGCACGACGGGAUAUUUCCAAAUCAACACACGCACGUGGUCGAAGCAUUUCAUUUCAACAAGCAACUUGAGCAAUUAUGGGACGACCAGGAUUUUCUCCUCGAGGAGACCGGGGUGGUUUCCGUGGACGGGGAGGGUUCAGAGGGGGACGAGGUGGUGACAGAGGAGGGCGUGGUGGGUUUGGAGACAGAGGAGGACGAGGUGGACGGGGUGGUUUCCGUGGAGGACGCGGCGAUUCACGUGGCUUCCGUGGCGGCGGUGGUAGAGGAGGAUUUGGCGGUCGAGGAGGCAGAGGAGGCCGUGGAGGCAUGCGAGGAGGGAGGAAGGUUGUCGUGGAGCCUCACAGACAUGAAGGUGUCUUUAUCGCAAGAGGAAAGGAGGAUGCUUUGGUGACACUCAACCUCACACCUGGUGAGACUGUGUACGGGGAGAAGAAGAUCAGUGUUGAGGAAGGGGAGACGAAGAUUGAGUACAGAGCCUGGAAUCCCUUCAGGUCGAAGUUGGCUGCAGCCAUCUUGGGUGGUGUGGAGAAAAUUCAUAUGAAACCUGGGGCCAAAGUUUUGUAUCUUGGUGCAGCUUCAGGAACGACAGUCAGCCAUGUGUCCGACAUUGUGGGACCUGAGGGUUUAGUGUAUGCUGUAGAAUUCUCACAUCGAAGUGGCCGCGACCUCAUCAAUGUCGCCAAGAAGAGGCCUAAUAUCAUCCCAAUCAUAGAGGAUGCACGUCAUCCCCAUAAGUACAGGAUGCUUGUUGGUAUGGUGGACACAAUCUUCGCAGAUGUUGCCCAGCCAGAUCAAGCCAGAAUUGUCGCCAUCAACGCUCACAUGUUCCUGAAGAAUGGUGGGCACGUAGUUAUCAGCGUGAAGGCAAACUGCAUCGACUCGACAGCCGAACCCGAGGCCGUGUUCGCAGGGGAGGUUAACAAACUGAAGACUGAGAAGAUAAAGCCCCAGGAACAGUUGACGUUGGAACCAUACGAGCGUGACCAUGCUGUGGUUGUAGGCUGUUAUAGAGCACCAAAGAAGUAAACAAUACACCUGGCAAAGUCGGGAUGUAGUGUGAUGAGGACAUUUGACAUCUCCAAGCUGAGGAUGAAGAAACUGUUCAAACCUUCAUCAUUACAAUGAAAUGAGUAUAGAUUCUGAUGAAGAUUGCCGACAUGCCAAGUGUAGGGGCGUGUCAUUCUUCAAGCCAUGUGUACGGGCGUGUCAUUCUUCAAGCCAUGUGUAGGGGCGUGUCAUUCUUCAAGCCUUGUGUAGGGGCGUGUCAUUUUUCAAGCCUUGUGUAGGGGCGUGUCAUUUUUCAAGCCUUGUGUAGGGGCGUGUCAUUCUUCAAGCCAUGAGUUUCAAGCCGUGAUAUUAUUGGAAUAUUGCUAAAAGCGGCGUGAAACCCAACUCACUCAAGUCAUGUGCUUGAGUAUGCCAUUCUUCAAGCCAUGUGUAGGGGAGUGUCAUUCUUCAAGCCAUGUGUAGGGGAGUGUCAUUCUUCAAGCCAUGUGUCGGGGCAUGUCAUUCUUCAAGCCAUGUGUCGGGGCAUGUCAUUCUUCAAGCCUUGUGUAGGGGCGUGUCAUUCUUCAAGCCAUGAGUUUCAAGCCGUGAUAUUAUUGGAAUAUUGCUAAAAGCGGCGUGAAACCCAACUCACUCAAGUCAUGUGCUUGAGUAUGCCAUUCUUCAAGCCAUGUGUAGGGGAGUGUCAUUCUUCAAGCCAUGUGUAGGGGAGUGUCAUUCUUCAAGCCAUGUGUCGGGGCAUGUCAUUCUUCAAGCCAUUACUUGUCUGUCAUUUCUUGAUUUUAAUGCAUCAUCAUCAUGAACUGUGCUGAGGGGGUUUGACUUAAUCAUGUGUAUUAAAGAGCUACAGGGAUUUAUCUAGAUCUACUUGGGUGUCCAUAGUUGGCCCCAAAUCAGCAGCAAAUAUUCGCUCUAAUUUCCUAAAUGGGUGACACCC